CAACGCACACUACCUCCCAGGCUCCCGCAUCUCCUCUCUUCCUCUUCUAGAGGCUUCGCUCCGCCGCCAUGGCCGCCGCCCGGCUGCUGCGACGCCGCCUCGCUGCCGUCCUCGCCUACUCGACCGCCCCCUCCUCCCGAGGAUUUUCGUUUCCUCCACCUGUAACUGCGGGGCUACGAUCCCUCCUAACUGUUACCGAAGUGAGCAAUAACGCUUCAGAAGAGCGUUCCCAGGACCAAGAGGAUUCCAAAACCGAUAACCCACUGGCUUCAGUCCCUACACCGGAGUCCAGCUUCAAAGUUAGAGAUACCUCGAACCUGAAGAUCUCACCCAGACAUGACCUUGCCAUGAUCUUUACAUGCAAGGUCUGUGAGACCAGGUCUAUGAAGAUGGCCAGCCGGGAGUCGUACGAGAAAGGAGUGGUGGUUGCACGCUGUGGUGGCUGCAACAACCUCCACCUCAUAGCAGAUAGGCUUGGCUGGUUCGGGGAGCCAGGGAGCAUUGAGGACUUCCUAGCAGAGCAAGGGGAGGAGGUGAAGAAAGGUUCAACAGACACACUCAACUUCACUCUGGACGACUUGGUUGGGUCCCAGGUGAGUUCUAAGGGGCCUUCUGGCCAAAGUUAGGAUUCUUCCUAGCAUGGUAGCUUUUGGUCCAUUAAAUCCCUGUAGAAGCUUACCUUCUUAGGGAAGUCCCACAGCUUCUGCUCAAUUUCAUGGCUUAUCAUGUGUAGCUAGAAAGUUCAUGGCUUAUCAAGUUUUUGGUUCAAUCAAAUAUGUAUUAUAUGUGAUACUAUUGCAGUGUACCUCUAUUACAAAAACUGCAUCCAGAGGUUUUAAUCCCACAAAAUAUGACGACGGUAAGUUUCUUGUGUA